UUCCGGUGGGAUCCGGAACCUGCCUGGCCUGGGCCGGCCUGCGUAAACUAAGUUGGACAAGCCAGGGCACGGAGAGCCCGAGGGCCUGCAGUCCCUGGUUCAAGGAUUCCAGACGCAGGUCCUUGGUGUGGCCCUGCCCCAUGGAGGCCACAGGGCCCUGGGCCUGGGCCUCUGACACCUUCUCUCCUCUUCCUGACCUGGCCUGACUCUCUGGGGAGACCUUGAGAUUCGGAGUCCCGCAGCCUGGCUUCUUCCCCUCCACCCUGCUCAGAAGCUAUGGUCCACUACCUCAGCCAUUCUGUUGGAGCUGAACUGGCAGAUGAAGGUGGAACCCUGGCACCCUGGACCUCCUGGUCUCUUUGGGAAUGAAGGGACAACCUCCACCCUCAGCAGCUUCUGGCAAUUCCAGAGGAUGGUCAAACACAUCACAGGGCGCAGCGCCUUCUUCUCCUAUUACGGAUACGGCUGCUACUGUGGGCUUGGGGGCAGAGGAGUCCCUGUGGAUGCCACAGACAGGUGCUGCUGGGCUCAUGACUGCUGUUACCACAGUCUGAAGGAGGAUGGCUGCCAGCCAAUCUUGAAUGGCUACCAGUUCAGCAUUGUCAACGGGACUGUGGCCUGUUUGACUCCAACCCAGGGAGGGCUCCUCAACCUGAACAAGAUGGUCAGACAUACGACGAGGAAGAUAGCCUUCUUCAACUACUGGCCUUAUGGCUGUCACUGUGGACUCGGUGGCAAGGGAGAACCCAAAGAUGCCACAGACUGGUGCUGUCAGAGACAUGAUUGCUGUUAUGCUCACCUCAAGACUGAUGGAUGCAGGAUCUUCACAGACACUUACAAAUACAGCAUUUCCCAGGGCGAUAUCCAGUGCUCUGACAAAGGGAGCUGGUGUGAGAAGGGGUUGUGUGCUUGUGACAAGGAGGUGGCCUUGUGCCUGAAGCAAAAUCUGAACAGCUACAACAAGCGCCUGCGUUACUACUGGCGACCCCACUGCAAGGGCGAGACUCCUACGUGCUAGGAGAGCCCACCGUCCGUCCGUCCGUCUCCUGGAUUCCAUCCUGUUCCAGGGCAUCUGGAGCACUGAAGUCCCGUAGGAUUGCUGCCCGACACCCCAGUGCCUAGUCUCCUGGACCAGCUGGCUUUUAAAGCCCUCCUUGCAAAAGGGCCUGCCCUCGAGGACUGGGGAAGCUACGGUCUUGUUGCUCCAGGUGAUGGGGCCUGGCCUGCUGUUUCUUGUCUAUUUGUACUGUCUCUGGGAUCUCCUGCUGCAAUGUAGGCUGGGGGCUCCUCCUCUGGAAGCCUCUCUGGGUUGGCCCUUCUCUCCAGUUCUAAGGGCUUCUUGGUGCUGGAUGUCUGGUGGCAUAACACCCCACGCGUCACCUGAGGCCAGAGUGGUGAGGUGUCCCAGGGGCUCAUCUCUUCCCAGGACCGGUGUCCUUCCCUGGUUCUCUGCAAAGUUUCUCCAAAGAACCCUCUCAAUAAACCACUGGCACAAGAACCCCUGACUCCUGGCCCACCUCUAGGGAGACACAUAGCAGGCAGGUAACAGGAGAGUCCACUGUCCUCAUGUUCUUCCUGCCUCCGGGAACCAUGGACCUAAUUACAAAAUGCAGAGCCGAUGCUGUAGCCAGGAAAGUGUGUGUUCAUCGGUGGCAGAAUCAAGAGGGUGGCAGAUCAGGAGAAGGCAUCUGUGGAAGAUCAGCCUCCCAUCUGAACGAGGAUGAGGGUCCUUUUAAAAGGGAGAGAGCAGCUAGGUUUGAGGGGUGCCUCCACUGGGUAGGUAGCCUUUUCGGCUCAAACCGAUUCAGCCUACCUCUGUUCCCGCUGCUACUGAGAUUGCAGAAUUUGGCAAAAGGGACCAUCUGGAGGGGGCUGAGCUGGUAUUUGCCUGGUAACAAAGGUUUCAGAGAAAAACUGUCAUGCUUGUGUGAUUAGCUGUGUUUCCAGCCAUGGGGCUCAGGGCACCUAGAACCACCCACACCCUCCAGCCCGUGACACACAGCAACACAUGACAGAGCAGUCUUCCCAAAACCCCAGUGAGGCAGAGUACAAAGAAUUCCCAGCUAUGGGCUCUGGGUUCAAGUUCCCACUGUCAAAAUGCCCACUCUAGUGGAAGACCAUGAGAGUAGGAAGCUGUGUGUGCUGGGGACAGGGCCUACAAUGCACUAAAAACUGCCACUUUAUUUUUAAAGUCUAGUAAAAACAAAUUCAGGCUUGACAUGGUAGUAUCAAAGGCUGAGACAAGAAGGUGGCUUGGGAAGCCACGGCAGUACCGUGGUGGGGUUCUCCGGGCCCCAGCCUCUACUAGGCCUGAGUUUCUGUUUAGGUCUCAGUUUCUGAUUAGGCAGGAGAGGGAGAUAGUGCAUGCCAGGCAUGAUUCAGCACGUACAGCCUCAGCCGAUCAGAAAUAUAUUAGUGUGUCUGCUGCUCACUUGGCCAAUCAUGUUUUGGAUGACCUAAUCCCCUCCUGGUUGUCUAUAAAAGGAGCCUGCGAGCUUCUUUCCGGGGAGUCAUCGACAUGUUGUGUGGCUGACCCCUGCAUGCAGGAAUUCUUCUCUCAAAAGAUAAACACUCUGGCUUUUGCAUACGUUAAUGGUGGUCUUUUGUGGGGUCAUCUGCAGACCCCAACGGACUAGUUCAAAGCCAGUGACUAAACACACCGCCAAGGGACUCCCUAGUUCCUUGUGUGUAAGGUAGAAAGGACAACAGGAAGGAGAUGCAGUCAAUGUGAGCUCAGUAAUGUUAGUGUCCACACAACUCGAAGC